AUGUUCUUGAACACGGCCUCCCCCCGGAGAUCCUUCAGCAUCCCCAUUAACAUCAACCUGCAGGGCGCUCGCAGGCGCCAGACACGGGAGCUUCUCCAGCGGGCGGCGGCCCAGGAGAAAGAGGGGAGCCGAGUUCGGGACGGCGCCGGUGAGCGGCCGCUUCGGACCCCCCCGGCGGUGGCGAGCAUCGGCGAAGAACGAGCCAUCUUAUUGGGCUUCGGCAUGAUGGCCUUCUCUGCGCUCAUGUUCUUUGUGGUGGGGAUCGCCGUCGUCAAACCGCACCUUAACAGUAAGUGGGAGGAGGAGGACAGCUGCGUGCUGCUGCACACUGAAAUCUUGGCCGAGCGGGCGGACUGCAGAGGCGUGAGCGGCGUGCCGUGCCUGGCGGUCACCGUCAACCUCAGCCGCGCCAAUCGAAAAGCCUUCCUGCACUAUGACGAGGAGUCGCUGAUGCUUAUGCCAAAGUGUUUCUACAUCCCUAAAUGUCAAAUGGAUGAAAGCGAACUCCUAGGCGAAGCCCUGAGGGUGAAAAGCAACUUGGACUCUCAGCUGGGAAGCGGCCGCCGGUGCCUCGCGGACCCGGCCGGGCACCCCGGGGAUGUCAUCUUGUAUCGGAAAUACACGCUGAGCGGGAGCCUCUACGCGUUGCUGUGGCCGAGCUUGACGCUGGCCGGCGGAGCCCUGCUGGUGGGCCUGGUCAAAGCCACGCAGCGUCUCGCUCAUCUGUCGGCCCGGAUGCGAGACGGGACGACGGGGGGGCCGGCGAUGGCUAAAUUUUACGCGCUCGAGCGAGGGUCGGCCACGUCCUCGCCCAUUUGA